AUGGAGGGCGGGAGGCAGUCUCGGCUCUUGAGUCGGCUGCUCGGCAAACUCCGCGGCGAACAUCGCUCCACAUUGGACAAGAAUUUUUCAUUCAGUUCCUCGGGUAUGAGCGAGAGUGUAGGCUGCGGCAGCGGCACAGAAGACGACGUGGAACCAACCUGCACUAAAGCCACUGUAUCCAAUUCCACGAUCGACGACGCGCAAUUUGCAACUCAUGUUGAUUUACGAUAUGGAGGACAAUAUUUGACACCAGAGCAACUUCCAGAGUUCUGCAACCAAUUGCAUCACCUCGUUGAAGUCAUUAGGAACAUACAGUCAUAUGCAAAGGUCACUGGCGAAUAUCCAAGCGAAUUAGAACGCCGCUUAGAGCGUGAAGCGCGCGAAGUGGCGGCGCUCGCGAGCGAAGCGCGCAACGCGCGGGACGCGGCCGCGCGCGCCGCGCUGCAGCGGAAGGCGUUGCGGAGCGAACGCGGACACCUUUUGGCGCAACUCGCCAAGAUGCGGGAUGUUGAAAUUCGUGAGCUGGAGAGCACGGUGCGUGUGUCCGACAGAAAAUUGUACAAGAGUUAUGAAGCUGUGAAAGACGCGACCGACCCGAGUGCUUUUGAACCCAUUCUAGAGGAAAUUAGGAACAAGCAAAGCGCACUGGAAGGCCUCGAGCGGUUGAUAGAAAACCGACGUAACUCGUUGUCUAAGAAACCGUCACACGCUUUGCCACUGCCAGCUCAUAGUAACGAUGAUGGUCCAAUAUCUUCAACCCGAAAACGUCACGAGAGUCGACGGUCAAACAAGAGGAGAAGGAAAGACAUAAUACGAGAACCUCGCUCUGUCCCGCUCUCGGGGGAACCUAGCUCGCAUGAACCACAUCAGCAGGUGACGUUGUACAUCCGCGGCGUGGGCGUGAAUCCGCAAGCGUCGCGCAUGCGCGCGGGCAGCGCGGCGGCGGUCACGCUCGGCGCGCUCGACGUGCCCGCACGGGGCAGCGUGCAGGAUAUACUGUUUUUUACGGCUCCUUGAUUAUGAGACUUAUGACUGUUGAAAUAAAGUGCAUUAUACUU